AUGGGUAAUGUUUGUUGUAGAGAUGAUUCAAGAUAAUAAAGAGGUUAUCUUUUCUAUAUUAUUUUAGAUGAGUUAGAUACUUCACCCAAUCCUGAGGCUUCAAAGCCUCCUGAAUAAAAAGCCUUACUUUCUUAGUAAGGUAGCAAAAAUGCACAAAUUGAAGAAAUUCAAGCAUUAAUUGAAAAUUAAAAAUGUGAAUACAGUGAAGUACAUUAGGAACCUGAAUAAUUAUAAGCUGUUGUUAUGAAAGAAGAAUAAUAUAAAAAUCCUGAAAUAAUUCAAUCAUAAAAAAUAACAAAUGAAAAAAGUAGAAAUAAGUUACUAAUAUUUAGUAAAAAAUGAAUUAAUGAAAAGUAGUUAGGAAGCAGAUUCAAAAUCUAAAAAAAGAAUAAAGUUAGGGUUUGAUAUAUUUGUUAAAGAAAAAGAGGGAUCAAUAGGAUAACAUUAUAUUUUUGGUAAGGUAUUGGGUUAAGGUGCUUUUGGUAAGGUAUGGAAGGUCACUCAUAAAACUACUGGGUUGGUUAGAGCUAUAAAAUAAAUUAAAAAAAGUUCAUUAAUUAAAGAAGAAGAAUAAAGAUUGUUUUCUGAAAUGAAUAUUCUAAGAAACUUAGAUCAUCCUCAUAUAGUUAAAUUAUUUGAACUGUAUUAAGAUGAGAAUAAUUAUUAUUUAGUUACUGAGUAAUUUUAUUAGAAUAUAUAGAUAUUUAUCAGGUGGAGAACUAUUUGAUCGAAUAAAGAAGAUGUCUUCAUUUAGUGAGAGUAUAGCUGCUGAUUAUAUUCGAUAAAUAUUAUUGGCUACUUUACAUUGUCAUGAAUAAAAUAUAGUACAUAGAGAUUUAAAACCUGAAAAUAUUAUAUUUAUAAGUGAAGAUCCAUAAUCUUAAUUAAAAGUAAUAGAUUUUGGUACAUCUCGUAAAUUUGACAAUUAAAAAGUAAUGAGUAAAAGGUUAGGAACGGUAUUUCAAAAAAUCAUUCUUAUUUAUAGCCAUAUUAUAUAGCACCUGAAGUUCUUGGACAUUCUUAUACUGAAAAAUGUGAUAUUUGGUCUUGUGGAGUGAUAUUGUAUAUAUUAUUAUGUGGAUAUCCACCAUUUGUUGGAAAAACAGAAAAUCAAAUAUUAGAUAGAGUUAAAUUGGGUAAAUUUACUUUUGAUCGUAAAUUUAAAUUACAUAAUUAAAAUAGCCGAGGAUUGGGAAACUGUUUCUAAAGAAGCUAAAGAAUUCAUAACAAAAUUACUUAGAAUGGAUCCUAAUAAAAGAUUAUCUGCUAAAUAAGCUCUAGAUGAUCCAUGGUUAGCUAAGUAUGCUCCAUCUACUUAAGUAAAUAAAAAAGCUUUAAAUAAUUUAAGAUAAUUUUAAGUAUUUUUUACAAUAAUUUUUUUGAUAGGCAGAGACUAUCUUAAAGUAAGCAUUAAUGUCUUAUAUGAUUACAUAAAUGUCAACUCAAAAGGAGUUAUAAGAUUUAUAAGAGGAAUUUCAGAGAUUAGAUGAAAAUAAUGAUGGUUUUUUAUCUAAAGAAGAAUUAUUGAAGGGAUAUCUACAAAUCUAAACAGAUCAUAAAUUAGUAGAAGAUGAAGUUGAAAGAAUAUUAUAGAUAAUUGAUAUAAACUAAUCAGGUUAAAUUGAUUUUUCAGAAUUUUGUAUGGCAGCUAUGAAUUAAGAGAAAUUAUUAUCAGUCUAAAGAGUUGAAUAAGCAUUUAAGAUUUUUGAUUAAGUUAAUUAUUGUCAUAAUAUAGAAUGGAGAUGGUUUUAUAUCAAAAAAAGAAUUAGAAGCAGUUAUGGGUGAUUUAGGUGAUGAUGUUUGGAAUCAGAUAUUAACUGAUUGUGAUAAUAAUGGAGAUGGAUAAAUAUCUUAUGAAGAAUUUGUUAAAAUGCUAAAGAAUAAAAAACUUUGA